AUGGCUAAGGAACUUGCGUCCAAGGCUCAAGAGGCUUUCGUAGACGACGACUUCGAAAUUGCUGUUGACUUGUACUCCAAAGCCAUUGACUUGGAUCCUAAUUGCGCCGAUUUCUUCGCCGAUCGAGCUCAGGCCAACAUCAAACUCCAAAACUUCACUGAAGCCGUGGCAGAUGCGAACAAAGCAAUUGAGCUGGAUCCUUCAUUGACCAAAGCUUACCUAAGAAAGGGAACUGCUUGUAUGAAGCUUGAAGAGUAUAAAACUGCUAAAACAGCUCUUGAAAAGGGUGCUUCCAUUGCUCCUAGUGAUGCCAAGUUUAAGAAGUUGAUAGAUGAAUGCGAUCUCCAAAUCGCAGAGGAAGAGAAAGAUUUGGUCCAGCCUGUGCCAGUAUCGGAACUUGAUCUUACCCCUGCGCCUGCAGCAGCACCAGCUAAAGCCAAGUUCAGACACGAGCACUACCAAAGUCCGGAAGAAGUUGUGGUGACUGUUUUCGCCAAAAAGAUCCCCAAGGAGAAUGUUAAUGUCGAAUUCGGUGAACAAAUUCUGAGUGUUGUCAUUGAAGUUCCUGGAGAGGAGACUUAUUACCUUCAGCCGAGAUUGUUCGCAAAGAUCAUACCAGAGAAGUGCAGAUAUGAAGUGUUGUCGACCAAAGUUGAGAUUCGACUUGCGAAAGCUGAUGUAAUCACAUGGCCUUCCCUUGAACAUGGCAAAGGACCAGCUGUUUUGCCAAAGCCUAAUGUCUCAUCAGGGGUUUCGCAGAGGCCGGCUUAUCCAUCUUCCAAGAAAGUUAAGGACUGGGACAAGCUGGAAGCUGAAUUGAAGAAACAGGAGAAGGAUGAGAAGCUGGAAGGAGACGCAGGUUUGAACAAAUUCUUCCGUGAUAUAUACCAGAGCUCGGAUGAGGACAUGAGGAGAGCCAUGAGCAAAUCAUUUGUGGAAUCGAAUGGGACAGUGCUGUCGACGAACUGGAAAGAGGUUGGGACGAAGACAAUCGAGAGCACUCCUCCGGAUGGCAUGGAGCUCAAGAAAUGGGAGAUCUGA